CGCCUCGCGUCGCUGCCAGCGGACGGUCGUUGGCUCUCCACGUGUCUUGCCGGCAAUAUCUCAAGUAAACUAACCCAACUAGUUACUUAUUUAGUGAGCUCGCUGUUGGAAUACAGUGAUUUCUGUGAAGUGAAAUUUAGUAAACUGAAAUUUUGUGAUUUCGUGUUACGAACUUCAACAGACGAACACCACGCCGAGCAAAGGUCGAAGUUCCUGUGACGCCGUCGUACGCGGCUUCAAACUAAAUAAAUGAACGGUAGUAGUUGUUUAUGAGAUCGUCUGCCGGGGCGGGUAGCGGGGCGAAAUGGGGUACGUGAAGUAUGGUGCGUAUAUCGGAUGGACGCUGCUGCUGCUGUGCCCGCUGGCACUCAGCCGCCUCGACGACGACUUCGCGUUUGACAAUAGUGAAGAGUUUCAGGUGGAACUACAGCUGAAUCAUUCAGAAAUAGAAAAAAAUGGCCUAAGAAGGUUAUGGGGUGUUCCAGACACAUCGGCCUACGUGGGACACCUAUUCCGUAUGGAAAUCCCCAAAGAAGCAUUCUCCGGACCAGUUAAUACUUAUAAGGUUCGAAGUGAGGAUGGCCGACACAUCCCUAGCUGGCUAGCAGUGGACUCUAAGCAUGGGAUCAUUAGCGGCAUCCCGCAGAAACAAGACUUAGGCGCACAUACCUUCACCGUCACUGCCCAUGGCCGUACACACGGCCUCACUGCCACUGACUCCUUUACUAUUGAGGUUAAGAAAGCUGAAGAUAAGCCAUACUCAAAGUACGGGAUAUGUCACAACAACGAAAACCACCUGGUCCUAGUGAUACUGAUCGACGUCGCCUUCCAGCAGAUAGCUCCGAGGCAGAGGAUACGAGCGCUCAUGGACCUUGCCAAUUUCAUGGCGCUUGAAGGGGAUGAAUUCUGGAUGGAACCAUACAAAUCAGAUACCUCACAAAUCCAAACGAUACUCAUGAGUGGGCCUGGCACGACACAGCGGAGGCGUGGCGACGCCACUACCGCCAUCUAUCUUAACGUGGGUUGCGGCGACAAGCUAUGGUCCCGCCAUAAGGUUCUAGUGGCCGGACUGAGAGAGCAGUCGCGUGAUGGCACUCUGGCGCAUACGCUGAGAUUGUCUGUGCUCGGUUGGAGAUUGCUUGCACUCAAACCUGUGCCCAGGCCGAAAAGACAGUCACCACUAGACGAAGGGUCGGGUACAUACGAGACUUACGACGGCGAUGAUGAAGCCGACUAUAGCGGGUACGACGACGGUGACGAUGAAGAUGAUUUCGGUCGGGUGGACCUCGAACCCGACGGAAUCGAACAAACCGACACUACUACCGCUGCUACCACAACCAGUACCUCCACAACAACAACCACUACCACCCUUCCUGUCUUCACCGACACCGAAAUCGAAUCUACAUCUUUUCCUACUCCUCCCCCUACUUUCCCCCCUUCUCCUCCCCCUACUCCUGUCCCUCCUCUUCCCCAUACAACUCCGUCUCCCGCGCCCCCGCCGACCGCCUUGCCUACCACCACUGAGGAACCGAUCACCGCGGAAGAAACCACUCCUGAGCCCGCCUCUACUAAUACGUAUACUACGGAGGAACACAAAGUACGAAUCACACCUUACUCUGAAUCCGCGUCGGAAUCGAGUAACAUUAAGAACUACACUUCUCUACCUGUGAAUCCACGUCGUAUCGCCGGCCAUGGACGGAUAGACAUCGUGCCGGAGGAAAUGCCUGAUAUGACUACUGAAGCUGAAACGCAAACGGUUGUAAUACGUGCGUCCAACGAAUUCCCUAUGACGUCACCCGAACCUACCACAUCGCCAUCCCCCCAACCGACUUCUCAAGAAACGGUGGCUGCGUCGCCAGAGACAACUCCUGUUACGUCACCCACGCCACUGACGUCAACAGCGACCAUAACAUCGACAGUUCCCGUUAUGCUGCCCACGACGCAAACUCCAAGCACUGUGAUCACAGAGACCACUGUGGAGGAUGUCACGACGCAGGAGACGGUAACAUCGACGGAAAGAACAAGUACGAUAUUCGGUCGAACUACAGAGACAGUUACUUUUGCUAUGCCGAUGAAUCAGCCGCCAACGCUGAAACAUCAUAUGAAGAAACUUGCUAUUACAGCCGGAAAGGCGUUUAGAUACAUAAUCCCUGCUGACUUAUUCACGGAUCCGGAGGAGGGCAGCAACCUCACAUUCACCAUGUACGAGGCCGAGAACGUAAAGCUCAGCAAGAAUUCUUGGAUACAAUUCAUUCCAAACAACCGCGAAGUUUAUGGCUUGCCACUAGAAUCCCACGUAUCUCGCUGGAAUUUCAUAGUAGAAGCGCAAGACAGCGAAGGCCUUGUCGCUCGCGGUCCACUUGACAUCACCGUGCAACAACACAAGAGUUCACGCACGAUCAACCACCAAUUCAUCAUACAAUUCAAGCUAAACAAACCGUUCAAUAACAACAUUGAUUGGCAAAUAAGAGCUCUAGAAGGCAUCAUGAAUCUAUUCAGAGAUACGGAUAUGGAAGAGUUGACUGUGUUGAACGCGACGCAAAAUGGAGAUAUCUAUGAAUUCGUUUGGACUAACGAUACGUUGCCGAAGGAUUCGUGUCCUAUUGAUAGCAUUAGUAGACUUAUGAAGAUAAUGGAAUCCGAAAGCGAGAAAGGUGCGCCGUCAGCGAACUUAGUGCGAGCUAUGUCUCCUGAGCUGAAAGUAAGCGCAGUGUCAUGGCGAGGCGUGGGGCAGUGUACCCAGACGGUGCCCACCACGAAGAAACCGGACACGUACCCGCCCGUACCGAGGAACCAAGUCGAUCACUUGACGGCCACUGUCGGACAUUUACUUGUUUAUAAAGUGCCUGAGGACACGUUCUACGACCCGGAGGACGGCGGAACUCGCAAACUGCACCUAUCGCUCCGCUACAGCGACCGUUCAGAACUGCCGUCCGGACACUGGUUACAAUUCGAUGCCAAGAACCAGGAGUUCUACGGUCUGCCUUCUCCCAGCGACGAGGGUUCCGUCACUUAUCAAUUGAUCGCCGAGGAUUCCAGCAAAAAGAGCGCUUACGACAGUUUAAUGGUGGAAGUUGUGAGAGCGCCUACGAUCCGCCCAACAGUAGAAUUCCGUAUGACUAUGGAGUACCCAUUUCCAGCGCUGGCAUACAACGCGCACAACAAGCGCAAAGUCGUCGAGAAGCUGGCUGCACUCUUCGGUCAAACGGAUACAAGUAAUAUACGGAUACAUAGCAUUACAGAUAGCCCUACGACUAUCAUUUGGUACAACACAAGUCUUCCAAUGGACCGUUGUCCCCAAAAAGAAAUCCAAGAACUCCGUCGAAUGAUAAUCGCUGACGAAAACGGCGCUGUGGGGGGAGCUCUCAAAGAAAACGUCGAUCACGUCUUCGACAAAGACCUGAAAGUGAUGUCUAUAACCCUCAUACCGCUUGGACUUUGCGAAAGCCCGACUAAAAUAUAUAGACCUCCGUCCCAACCCCCUAACACUGGACAUAGGGAACCAGGAUCUGCGGAAGGAUAUGGAUUCUCUGAACAUUUAGUUACGAUCAUCAUACCGGCUAUUGUGAUCAUCUGUAUGAUUCUUGUAGCUGGAAUUAUCGCCUGCGUGCUUUACAGAAGAAGGCGCACCGGUAAGUUAGGAAUACUCGUUUUAUUUACAUUCAACCGACAAUUGGUCAUAAUUGACACGUUUGGGAAGUUGGCGACCGCGAGAAAGCUGCAAUCUCUGUUGACCAUUUCCUGAAUUUAUCCCUUGGUCACG